AUGAAUACUGCUCUUCACCAAAGACUUUUUGACCUUAAGCUCAAGCACACUUGGGUGGUUGGACACAAGCAAAGAGUUAAGUCCUCCGUGCCUUUGCUCCUCCUCUUUGAUGUUCUGACAUCAUCAGCCCUGCCCCCUGAAAGAUCCCCUUCCUCAUCCCCAGAGCCCGUCACUCCCAAUCUGGAUUGUUUAUGGAAACUUCAUGAGCGGCAUCAGGAGCAGGUGUUUAUCUGUGGAAGAAAGUCAUGCUCUGAAGAAACUCUCAGCUCAAGGAUCACAGUGGAUGCCACAGGUGUCGCCGCCGGGCUCGACAGAGUUAUGGCGGUUCAAACUGCAAUCAUGAACCCGCAGUUCAUGAGCUUCUGCUUCCCCGAUUCUGUGAUGGAGUACGACGUGGAAAAGAGUCUGGAUGGUAGUCUGCUGUGCGAGGCGGAGAACGACGAAGACUUCAAAGAGACCACGAGGGACUUGCUGAGCUUCAUAGACUCGGCCUCCAGCAAUAUCAAGCUGGCUCUGGACAAGCCGGUGAAAUCCAAAAGGAAAGUCAACCACCGGAAGUAUCUGCAGAAGCAGAUCAAACGCUGCACCGGCAUUAUAACACCAGGAAACACAUCAGAGGCCCCGGUGAAAAGACAGAGUUCCCCGGUGAGCCAGCAGGGCCCUUUGCAGAGCAAAAAUCUACAGAAACGAGAGGGGGGCCAGGCCAACCUACAGAGCAAGAGCCUGGCUGCCCUCUUCAGCCCUGUGAAGGAAAUAAGGGGGGAGAAAGCAAAGAAGCCCCCCCUGAGGCACCGUAAUCUGCCCCCGUCUUUCUUCACCGAGCCUGCCAACUGCUCCAGGGUCAGCUCCACAUCCGGGAUGACGCUGAAGGACCUGGAGCGGGGCAACCCCGAGGCCGCGGAGUUCUUUGAGCUCCUGGGGCCCGACUACAGCAACAUGGUGACUGAGCAGGACGUUUAUCAGGGCGUGUCUCCGAGGGUGCAACCAGAUCUGGGAGGCCUGGACUCCACGUCCUAUGACCAUUUAGUCAGUGGUCUCCUCUACCCUGAGCCCUGGACUAACUGCUUAGGACCCUGUAAAAAACCAGGCGAUGGCCUGCGGACGGGUCCACCACAGCCUCCGGUGUAUGGCCAGGCUGAGGACCCUUCUGUGUCCUUAGAUGACAGUGGACUUUGCACUUUGGCCUUCCCAAACUUCUUCCCAGACUGCUCCAUACCUCAGGCUGCCUAUGAUUUAAACGGCGGAUACAACAAAACAAGUUAUUCAUGUCUAUGAGAGACUGAAAAAACGCUCAGCCGAAAAGAUGCAGACACUUCUAACAGUAGAGGGAGACACUUUGAUCGUUGUUAACAUUGCAGCUGGGAUACAAAAUUCAUGUCGUUUUUCCAGUAGAAAAAAAAAGAAAUUCUCCAAAAGUCAAAAGCUUCAUGUGUGGAUUUUUUUUUUCUUUCCCUCAGGCAAUUUACAAAGACAUUCUGCAGAGGUCUAAGGAUUCGUACGUUUCUUGGUGACACUUAUCCUGUUGGAGACAUCAGUUUGUCCCAGCGGCAGAUAUUACCAGUGAAACAGUUGGACUAAACAACAGAUGCACUUUUUUUUUUCCAACUUUAGUAGCAAAGCUUUUUUGCAGCAACACAGAAAAGGGAGAAACUAAUUCUUGCUAAAACAAUGACGACUCUGUGUUUUUGUGUUACAGAAAUUUAUCCAGAAUUUAUUUUCAGCUGGUCGACUGAAAACUUUUGGAAAGGCAUUUAUUGUAUCUAGCUAUUGUGAUAGGACAAAAUAAAGCUGGUCUUUAUUGGUG